GUUUAAUAUGAGUGCGGCUGCGCGCUACUCAAUGCUUUCGCCGUUGCUGCUGACGCGAUCUGGCAGGGGAAAAGAGUGAAGCCUCUGGCUUUAGCUAGCGACUCUGACAAAACUGAGUAGUUUGGGCGGCCUGAGAGUCCUAUUAUUUCCGAGGCUGGGAAGCAGGCUAACGAUAGAAAUUGAGCGAUAGUCUUAGCCUGCGACUAACCAACCUCACCCGUAUGUGAUCGCCCUUCCUCGUCGUUGGACGCUGCCAGCGAGGGCCAAGGAACAAAAUAGCAUAUCGCCAUUAUAUGAUCCAGUGUCCAGCGUCACUUUUACCCUCCAUGUGGGUGAGGGAACUGUGUGUGUCAGAUUAUGGCGAGAAAAACAGUUAGCAGGAAAAGGAAGGCAGGAGAGCCCAAGGACCAACAACAGCUGGGCUGGUGUCAGACACCACAGAAGCGGAGUCGUGUUUCUUGUUCAUCACGUCAUGCCCAGCAGUGGUGGUGUAAUCGGCGAUCUGUGGUAUGUGCCCUCCGGGGGCGGGAGUUCAGACCUCAACAGCAGCAUGAGCUGCGACUCCAGCGGAGCUUGCGUGGCUUUGCGGCCGGCAGGCUCCCUGGCAUCCUCAAGGAGAGGGAGUUUUCUCUGGGACGACUCAACAAGGUGUUUGCUUCACAGUGGCUCAACCACAGGCAGGUGGUGUGUGGGACCAAGUGCAACACGCUUUUUGUAGCUGAUGUCCUGACAGGACAGAUAACACGCAUUCCUAUGCUGAAGGACAGAGAGUGUCGUGAUGGCAGCUCUGGGGCAGUGAGUGCAGUGGUGGCAGGGCGGCAUUACCACCCCACAGGCGCCUCUCGUGCUCGGCUGGACCAGCAGGGUUGUGGGAUCCAUGCUAUUGAACUAAACCCUUCAAGAACACUGCUCGCCACUGGAGGAGACAACCCCAACAGCCUGGCCAUCUACCAGCUGCCAACACUGGACCCUGUUUGUGUUGGAGAUGAUGGUCACAAUGACUGGAUAUUUUCCAUAGCGUGGAUCAGUGAUAACAUGGCAGUUUCUGGGUCCAGAGAUGGCUCCAUGGGCCUCUGGGAAGUUACAGAGGAAGUCAUGAACCAGGCUGAGAAAAGUCAGAAUGAGGAGACCGUGCCCUCCUAUGCCCACAUCUCCCACCGUGCCCUCAAGGACAUCCCCAAGGAGUACACCAACCCAUACAACUGUAAAGUCCGCGCUCUGGCCUUCAACAACAACCACAAAGAACUGGGUGCUGUGUCCUUGGACGGCUAUUUCCACCUGUGGAAAGCUGAGCAUAACUUGUGCAAGAUUCUGUCCACCAAGCUGCCUCACUGCAAAGAGAAUGUGUGCCUGGCAUAUGGACAGGACUGGUCGGUGUAUGCUGUGGGUUCUCAAGGCCAUGUUUCCUUCCUGGAUCCAAGGCAGCCUACACACAGCAUCAAGUCUGUUAAUUCCAGAGAGAGGGGAAGUGGGAUCCGUUCGGUGAGUUUCUAUGAGCACAUUGUGACAGUGGGUACUGGCCUAGGUUCUCUUCUCUUCUACGACAUUCGAGCUCAGAGAUUCCUGGAGAACCCUUUUAACCCCACUGGAGGAUAUCGAAAGUGCCCUGGAGAUGGCAUCCUCAAGCUCACUACAGGAAAAGGCUGGCUGAAUCACGAUGAGACGUGGAGGAGUUACUUCUCAGACAUUCAUUCCUUCCCCAACGCGGUGUACACCCACUGCUAUGACGACUCCGGCACCAAGCUGUUUGUAGCAGGUGGACCUCUCUGUUCUGGCCUGCACGGCAACUACGCAGGACUGUGGAGCUAGCCUCUCCUUUUCCUCCAUCACUCUGUCACUACAUCCUUGUCCAGACCUUUACUUAACCAGUCCCUUCAUCCCUCUCCUUCUUUGAGUUUGUCAAGAUCACUGUCCUUGGUAUCCCUCUUGUUCACAAAAUUAUCACUCUGUUUUGCUCUCACAUGGACUCAGGAGCAUGAUCUUUCCCUCAGCGUAUCACGGCUUUCAGUAUUGUUGUGUAUAUUUGUGUCCACCAUUACACUAUCCCUUCUUCUCCAACUAUCCCUUUCACCUCUGCUACUCAGUUUUUAUAUAUAUACAUACAUAUAUAUAUGAAAAUGUACAAACAAUUAACCAGUGAUUUUCAAGAGCUGCAAAGUCUGCCACUGAGGAACUCUGAAGAGUUUUAACAAACAUUGCGAAUAAAGUUACACGUGUUCUCAUUAUUUAAAACAUUUACAUCCAACCUGCAGGGAUUAGGCUCUGGUCUUUUGCUGGCUUGUUUUUGUAUGCAAGGAUAGUGUUUACCGCUGCUUCCUCUGUGAUAAAUGACAGUGUCUUUGUGACAAACUUGUGGAAUUCUCUCCCAAAAGUUCCUUUUCAUUCUCUCACUUAAAUGGACAGCAAUAAAAGAGAGCGAGAGAGGAACAAGGACUGAAGAGACAUUUAAUUUUGAAGGACUGAGUCGAAGUGCAGUUUGACAUUUGAUCGAGAAUAUUUACUGGUUGGAACAGCCCGCAACAAUCUCAAAGAACUUCUCUCUUCUCCUGGCAGAAGUAAAACAAAGAAGCUAAUCAAAAUGGGACUUUGUGUUAAUCUUAUUCUCACUGAGAUAAUGUAAAGGAGAAACAUUAAGAUUGAUAAAUGCAGUGUUUUUGUUCUGCUGUGAAUUAGUCAAAAAAAAAAAGCCUUUUAUAUUUUGACUGUGUGAUUGGACAGGCAUACCCCUGCUGGUAUUCUAAUUUGCUUUAUUUGUAUUUAUUUUCCCCUUUUCUGUCACUUUUUUGAGGCUGGUCAGGAGUGUUUAUAUUUGCUUAUUUUGAGGGUUGUAUUUUAUUUUUUGCCAUUAAUCUUUUGGGUCCAGAAUGUUUUUAGCAUUUGCAUUGACUGUGCUCCAAUCCUGAUCACUGACUGCUCUGGUGUUUCUAGACAAUUUACCCCAAGAUUUUCAGUUUUGGUAGCAAGUUAAGCAUCAUGAAAUGAUUGGUUGAUAGAGGAGCCUUUCAUCCCUGGAUUGAAACAGAAGGCCUGUAGUAGCUCAAUUUGAUCCUCUCAACCAUCCAUCUAGAAGGAUGCAAGGAGAACUAAUGAGAUUUUUUGGACUCUACCCUGGAGUUAAAUGCUGCAGGCACAUGCAUUUGUUGUCACAGUUGUAAAGCCCCUUUUUUCUCCUCUUUUUGUACCAAGGAGUGAGUGAUUCUGCUCUUUUUCCUUGUUCGGCAGAGGCAGGGUAGGCUUGAGUUCCGUUUUUGCCUUCCUCCAGUUUUUCUGUGAAAGACUGCACAGGCGAUCAUAAUUUUCCUUUUCUACAUGGAACUUUUCUCCAGUUUUCAUGAUAAUGAUAGGUUGAAAAAGAAAAACCCCAAUUAGGACCACAAAUUGGACAAAUAACCAACACUUUUAAAGUGUAUUUUAUAUAUAAAUGUGUAUAUGUAUGUGUAAAAUACAUAAGGACAAUUGCAUACAUUUUUAUGUAUAUGUCUGAGAAAGUGUGUGGAUUGACCUGUCUACUUGGUGAUGCCCUGUUUUUUUUAUACACGCCUCAUGAAUGUUUUUACAAAUGACUGAAUCUGAGGAUAUUGUAAGAUAUAAACAUCCUGGGAAAAAAAACUAUUAAAUCUUUAAAAGGAGUAAAUAAUACAAAUAAAAUGUAUAUUGAUGUAA